AUGUUGAAUCCAAGUGGUGGAAUUCCCCGGGGCAUAAGCCUUUCCAACACAGUCCAUUCGGAGGUCGCGCCGUGCUUGCCGUUGCCGUCUCUGCCGGUGUUUUGUGGUGCGCUUGAUGAGGUGCUCCACUUGUUCGAUGAGCAUAGCAGUUCGAGAUCGUUGAAUCGGAAUGAUGUUGUUAAUCAAGCUAGCAGAAUAGCUGAUCUGCUACGGAACACUGAUGUUUCUUACUUUUAUGCUUUGAGCCAUAGGCUUUGUCACUAUAAUAUUUGUUACUUUAUUUAG